CUAGUGGCUGUGCCAGCUGUGCCAUGGGCAACAAGUUGAGCUGCUCAUGUGCGCCCCUGAUGCGCAAAGGAGGCUAUCGUUAUGAAGAUUCACCAUGGCAAAGUUCGCGACGACGAGAUGGUCAUCUAUUGAGUUCAUUCCGUUUAUGGGCAGAGGUAUUCCACGUCUCGGCCAGUGGAGCUGGAACGGUCAAAUGGCAGCAAGUAUCUGAAGAUUUGGUUCCUGUUAAUAUAUCAUGCAUCCAAGACACGCCCGAAUGUGUCUUUCACAUUACGGCCUACAACAGUCAGGUGGACAAGAUAUUGGAUGUGAGACUCGUGCAACCAGGUACUCGUAUUGGUCAGGCAUCAGAAUGUUUUGUUUAUUGGAAAGAUCCCAUGACCAAUGAUACGUGGGGUCUGAAUUUCACCUCACCCAUUGAUGCUAAGCAAUUUCGCGAAUGCUGUUGCGACGUUUUACAGUCGCCUUCUUUCAAAUUUUCACGAAAGGCCUCCUCGAGUUAUUCGCUGAAAUUGGAUCCGCCGGGCAAGAGCAAAGUCAAAGCCAAACGAAAGCCGUUGAGUACCCCGGCCUCGCCAUCCCGGGUGAGGAGUGAGCCGCAAUGCACAUGCAUGACAGCCGAACAGUAUGCACGCUUGCGAAAUGAUCCGAGGGUUAGGGGUUCAUCCACAUUGCCACGUAAUGUCGGCUCCAAGGUGGCCUCCGAAGCCGAUGGCCAAACACAUCAAAGGGUGACAAAUGCCACAAGUAGCACUUCUCUUUAUGACAAUGUGGCCAGCGGUGGUGGCACUGGCGGUCAGACACUUAGCUCGGGCGGUGGUAAGCUGCUUAGAUUGACAAUCAUGAGAUUUUCUUAUACAAAAUUAAAUUUAAAUUUUUUAGAUACCCUUGGGCGCCAAAUCAAGCCCCAGGACACUGCGGCCACAGCAAAUGGCAGCGUUUGUGCUGGUACAGCCGCACCUGGCGGUGCCGGUGCUAGUACCGGUGAUAUUUGUACUCAAAAUCAUGUCGGCUCUCAGGCCGGCCCCGAAGACGCCUUGGCCGGCCAAAGUGAUGUCGACAUGCCAAAGAGCGAAGGUACCCAGGCCGGUGGGCCAAUGCAUCAGUCGGUGGGCACAUCAACCAAAUCAACUGGUACCAGGACCAAAGAAUACAAUGAAGAUAUGGCACGCGAUCCACAUGGGCACGAUAUGCAUCAGCACCAGCACCCGCACCAACAUCAGCACCAACACCAGCACAACAUAAUCAACAACAACACCAGACGCAAAACCAAAAGCACCGAGGACAUGAACGUGGACACGAGCACCCUGAAGCGUAUGCUCAAGCCCAUGACCAGCACCGAGAGCCCGGUGACCUCGCCGGAGAUGGGUAGACGUCGUUACAACUAUUACAAUGCCAAUGCAACGAACACCUUUGGGCCGCAACACAUGCAUCAACAUGCUGCCGCCAUGGCUGCGGCGGGCAUGGGUGGGCCACCAGGUGGGGCUGGUGGUGGUGGUGGCCCCGGCAUGGGUGGCAUGCAUCACAUUAUGAACAACAACAAUACACUGGGAUUGGGUGGCGGUCGCAAUGCGAAUCAAUCGUCACGAUUUUCGGGAUCAAGAUCUUCCCAUGAAAUCGGCCGUGGCUAUACACCACGCAAUCUCUACUUGGAAUUGGAACGUGAACGUAGCUGCAUUGAGGGUUCACCACCCUCCGACAACGUUAUGUUCGAUAAUCAAUGUUACGCCACAACGCCCAGUUCGAGCAAUGGGAAUUCGGAUCAGGAUCAGUCAUCGUAUGGCCAACGUGGACCGGUGGGUGCAGGUGGCCAGAGGCAUCCUCACCGUCAUCAGGGUCCCAAUGUGACCCCCACUCCGGGUAGCCCCACAUCACGUCUGCUGUUGGAAUACGAAAUGCAUUUGCGCAACACCCUGGCCAAGGGUAUGGAUGCUGAGUCGUAUAGCUUGCACACCUUUGAAGCAUUGCUGUCGCAGAGCAUGGAGAAUUUGGAAUUUGCCGAGAGUCUGCCUGGAUCCAUGCAACGUAGUCCAUUUCCCAUGCGUAGGCCUACAAGUGCUAAAUCUUCUACUCUACCUUUGCCUCCACAUCGUCCUAUGUCCACAGUGCGUGAAAAGGAGCGGGACCGUGAACGUGAUGGCUACUACAGUGAUCGCAAUGAAUUGGUGCGUGAACGAGAGCGUGAAAGAGAACGCGAGAGGGGUUAUCUCUCGGAUCACAAUACAAGCUUCUCCAACUCCCGUUGCGCCUCGUGCAUUGGUGAAUCGGCUCGUGCCCAAUGGUUCCGCCACUCGGACGGUUGGCGUUCUGGCAGCUCAACCAUAGGCUCCGGUUCUGGCCAAGGUCUGAUGUCGCAACAAACCAACAGUUCGGGCACUAAACGUUCUCCAUGGGACUCGUUGCCCUCCUUGCGCCAGGAUAGCAGCUUGAAUGAUUCGGGUUACAAGAGCGCCCGUGCUGAUUCCUUGGAACAACGAGCCGAGUUCAUACGUCAAGAUAGCUUGAGAUCUGACUAUUUGAGUGAUCGUGACUCACGCUAUGGCAUUGUACAACAGGCUUCCAUUGAAAGCACCGAUUCGAGAAUGUGUUAUCUGACAUCGUCUGAGAUUUCCGACGAUGACCGCAUGAGUUUAACUACAGCCGUAUCGGAUGAAGAUGAUGGCGAAAGUGUCAUGGCGUCACCAUACAAAGCAAAAGCAACUGGAACGGCGGCAUCCUCAUUUAAUUGUACAGGAGCUGUACGCAAAGCUGGUUUCCUGUCGGUAAAGAAAUGGUUAUUGCGAAAGAAACAUCAAAUCGAAUUAGCCCGUAAACGUGGUUGGAAGGGUUAUUGGGUGUGUCUUAAGGGCACCACUCUGCUCUUCUAUCCGUGCGAUUCGCGUGAGGGCCGCAGCGUGGAGGCCGCCCCCAAACAUUUGAUUAUCGUCGAUGGUGCUAUAAUGCAGCCGAUACCCGAACAUCCCAAACGUGAUUAUAUCUUCUGUUUAAGUACGGCAUUUGGCGAUGCGUAUCUGUUUCAGGCUCCAUGUCAGGUUGAAUUGGAAAACUGGGUGAACAGCAUACACAGCGCUUGUGCAGCCGCCUUUGCCCGACAUCGCGGCAAAACGGGAACCCUACACUUGCUGCAGGAGGAAAUUUUCCGCAUCGAAAAGGCAAUCGAAUCGGAUCACAAGCUGAAACACAUGGCCGAAUUGCAACAAUCUGUGGUCACCGAUCAGGAUACCCGUCUCCAAAUCCAAGGUCAAAUCCUGCAAUGGGAAGAGAAUUUAGAACGUUUACACUGUGAACAGUUCCGUUUGCGCUGCUACAUGGCCUCGCUGCAGAGUGGCGAAUUGCCAAAUCCCAAGUCCUUGCUCACCCAUGUCUCACGCCCCACCAAAAAUACUCUCAACAAAUUGGGCGUUUUUACGGUUUCCUCUUUCCAUGCCUUUAUCUGUGCUCGCUCACCAUCGUUGCUCAACAAUUUGCUGGCGGGCCGUGGUGCCACAAAACGACGGCCACCAAUGCUGUCGAGGUCGAAUAGCGGUUCGAGUCGUCGUUCAAUGCAGCUCAAUUCGCGCGAUGAACCAGAAAAAACCUUCAAAGUUGCCAUGCCGGACAAUGCUUAUUCAACGGUUUAUCUGCGCGAUGCCAUGUCGGUGGAAGAGUUUCUGGCCAGUGCCUGCGCCCGACGUAAUCUCAAUCCCAUGGAACACUUUGUGCGUGUUAAAAAGCGACGUGACAUGGAGGAUCACAAUUACUUUGUGCCACAUCGCAACGAUUUGAUAGAGAAUUAUUUACAUAAUCACGAAUUUGUCGAGGUGUGCAUGAAGAUCCUCUACCAAGUGGAACUGCAUCGCACAACGCUGGAACAAAUGUGGGGCUUCUCCGUCGAGGCAGAACUUAUUGAAAACGCCGAACGCCAGGACGAGCUGUGCUGCUACGUCAGUCGCGUCGAGGAUAAAAGUGUUGCCAUGCAAAAUGGUAUUAUUAAAGGUGAUGAAAUUAUGGUUAUAAAUGGUGCUAUUGUAUCCGAUUUGGAUAUGAUGUAUUUGGAGAGUGUGCUGCAGGAGGAGCAAUCGCUAAGCAUGAUGAUGAGAUCCUCACGCACGGAACCCCCAGAUCUAGGCAGUAUUAUGCGUGUUACCGAUGAUAUGAUUGAAUCGCUGGUGUGUCCACCACCACCCACAGAUCCGCCGGUGAUGAGUGAAGAAAUGAUAACGGGUCUAAUUGUACCGGCACCGGGUUGGAACGGUACUGGCAAAGACUUGUAUUCUCCGGAGGCUGAAAGUUCGCCAGCACCCUCAUUUGUGGAUCCACCGGUAACUGGUUUGGUACCGGGUGCCGGCACCAAGCCCACAUCACGCACAAGUAGUUUUGAAAUAGAGAAUUUAUUGAAAACUGCGGAACAGGUUACCGGAUUUUGUCGUUCACCUCAGGAAACCCGCAAAGCGAGUCCCACAGGAUCUGUGACAUCAUCGGUUUCAAAUGCAGCUCUCACACCGUCACGCCAAUUAACGGAUGCCGAGAAAUUACGCAAAGUCAUAUUGGAAUUGGUCGAUACGGAAAAAACCUAUGUUAAGCAUUUAAAUAAUCUACUCGAAAACUACUUGGAACCCUUGAAACGUGAAACUUUCCUAUCGAAUGCUGAAAUCAAUGCUCUCUUCGGAAAUAUCCAUGAAAUUGUCACAUUCCAGCGGCAAUUUUUGCAAAAUCUGGUUGAGGCCCUGGAGCUUGAGCCAGAUUUUCAUAAAUUUGAUCAUCCUAGUCAAUAUCGAAACGUUUUAUUUGCCAUCGGUUCCGCAUUCCUCUACUAUGUAAAUCACUUCAAGCUCUAUUCAUCGUUUUGUGCCAGCCACAGUAAGGCCCAGAAAGUUUUGCAUCCAAAUGAAGGAAAUCAUGCUUUGCAAGAGUUCCUAAAUGCUCGCAAUCCGAAACAGCAACACAGCUGUACGCUGGAGUCGUAUCUCAUCAAGCCGAUACAGCGUAUCCUAAAAUAUCCCCUGCUAUUGCAACAGCUGCGAAAUCUAACCGAUUCCCGGGCCGAUGAACAUCUGCAUUUGUGCGAGGCCCUUAAGGGCAUGGAAAAGGUAGCCGAACACAUUAACGAAAUGCAAAGAAUCCACGAAGAAUAUGGAGCCAUAUUUGAUCAUUUAUUCCGCCAGCAUCAGAAGGCCUGCAAACAGCCAAUUGACUUGAGUCCAGGUGAUCUUUUGUAUUACGGCGGCGUGGAGUGGUUAAAUAUCUCCGAUUUUCUGGGCAAAAUCAAAAAAGGUUUGGAGCUACAUGCCAUGUGCUUCGUAUUUAAAUCAGCGGUUGUGUUCCUUUGUAAAGAGCGUCUAAGACAAAAAAAGAAAUUGAUGGGUGUCUCGAGUAAAAGCACCCCCAACGAGGUGGAAAUCAUACGCUAUCAAGUGCUAAUACCCGUCACUGAAGUCCAGGUGCGUGCCUCAUCGGCCAAGGAUAUGGAUUCACAUUUCCUCUGGGAAUUGAUACAUCUACGCUCCCAGCUACAGCGUCGAUCCGAAAAGGUCUAUGUGCUAUCGAAUAGCACCGCCGAUUUCCGCAAUGCAUUCCUAAAGACCAUACGCCAGAUAAUACGGGAGAGUGUGCGCAACAUGUCGAUUCCUAUGAAGAAUUUUGGUGGUAGUUCGGGUUCCGUAUCGGGUAUGUCGUCACAGGGUGGAUGCUCGGGAAGUUCACAGACAUUGGAGAGGCCUAAGCAGCAGAUAACAAUAAUGCAGGGUUCCCAAACGCUGGGCAAGCCCAAGAAAAAAUCCGGUUCCCAAAGACAUUCGGCUGGCAACAUAGAUUAUGAUAACAUCUCAGGUAGUCAAGAGGCAGAGGAUGUACCAUUCCAAGAGCAUCAUCAAAUGCAUCAUACCCUACACACCUCCACUUUCCGUAGUCGUAGUAAAACCGUGGGCGAUGCUUCAGAUAUUCUAGGCUCUGGCAUGGACACACCCCAACAACAGCAGCAGCAACAAAUCCAUCUCCACUAUCAGCAGCAGGUGCAGCAGCAACAACAACAACAUCAGCAACAGUUACAAUCCCAAAGUGACGUAGAACGCAUGGAUCCCGGCACCAAAUCGGAAGGUGAAGAGGAAUUCCAACAGGGUACGAUUAAGACGAAAGCCUCCUUGGGAAGGACACCAAAUCAUUUGACAUUAAGUACGACAUCGACGCUAUCCGUUGGCAGUACCGGCAGCCAGGCACGUUUAAUUCAAUCAUCACAUCCUCCAUCAACGUAUCAACCAGUUCUUAUGAAAGACUUAGGGUCCCCGGUGUGGAAACCACGAGACAUGAUAAACUUAGGCGAUGCCCCCUCAACGUCACGCAAAGACGGUUCCAAAAAUUAAUUUUCAUAGAGAAACCAAAAGCAAAACAAAAAGAAAAACAAAAUUAUGGAAAUUAGAAGUUAAUGUAACAAGAACAACAACAAUAAAUUAAACAAACGAACAGUAAAAAACAGAAAAAAAGAAAACCAAAAAAUUAAUAAAAUAAAAUCACAGAAAAAUGAUGUAUACCACAACAACAACAAGAAAAAAAACGAAAGAGAAAAAAUAACCAAAAGAUAGAAAAGAAAAAAGCAAGGCACUUGAAACCGAAACCAAGAGCAGAGCAAAGCAAAUCAACUUGAAAUUCCUAUUAGAAAAAUUGUCCCCUCCACUCCCCCCAGAAACCCCCAGAAUACAGGCAAGCCAAGACAAAAUGAAACUUAGUUGAAAUUCAACUAUAUAGGGGGAGAACCUCCCCCUAUGAUCCGCAUUCAUCGAGGAAUUAUGUAUAAACUAAGGCAAUAUUGAGACAGUUAUAUAUGUAAACCUACCCCCCAACCCCUAAGCCCUUAACAAUUUCCAACAACAUCAGAAAAUGAAUUUUUCCAAUAGAAAAUGGAAAAAACUUAGCCACAAAUUGAGGAAAGCAGCAGCAGAAGAGACAGUAAUAAAUUAAAACAAAAAAAAAUAAAUAAACCAAAAAAUAAGAAAAACAAGAAGAAUCUUACAUUUUAAUUACAUAUAGCAUAGCAUUAAGUAACGAAAUGUCAAAAAACAAAACCAAAACAACAACAAAAUAGCAAAUGUUAUUUUUCAAAUAAUAAAAGAAAAAAAUUAAACAAAAUUGAUAACUAAAUAAAUUAAUUGAAUCACAACAACACAAAACCAACCACAAACAAAAUAAGAAAAUUCAAAAUAAAAACAAAACCCGAAAAAAUAGCAAUGUAUUGUCAAACCAAAACAAACCAAUAAUAAUAAUAACAACAACAAUUUGAUCGUAAUGCAUUUGUUUCUGAAAAGACUUGAACAUUAAUUUUAUAUAAAAACCAAAAAAAAAAAUGAAAAACCAACAACAAACAAAAGAUUGAAACAACAAAAACAUGUGAAAUCAAUUCGAUAUGAAAGUAUUAAAACCCAGAACAUUAAAUAUAAACAUAGCAUUAAAACGGAAAACAGACACACACAUAUUUACACACAAACAUGUGGAAUAUGCAAUUUUUGGGAUUAAGAAGAGUUAAAGAGAAAGAGCAACUAAAGAGAGUGCUCUUGACUCACAACUUUUAUUACAACAAUAUCUUUCAAAUACAUCCCUUACAACUGCAUAUUCCACAUCAUCUUUCUCUCUCUUUCGCAGUGUAUGUGUGUGUUAAACUCUCUGCCCCUUUCUCCCUGAGAAUUAUAAACGUUAAACCAACCAUCAUUCUCUCACCACACAAAAACGAAGAAAACAUGCAUACCUUUUCCUCUUACUUUUUGUUAUCACUCUCACUCACCCAAAAAACCAAGAGAAUUGAGAAACCCCCAUGUUAAUGUUAAAAGAGACUGCACGAGAGAAUGACAACAUUUGCCUAUUGCUCCAGUUUAACAUUGACCCAUUAAUUAAUGAAUGUAACGCCGAAAAGAAAUCAACAAAUUGUGCUCAUUUCACGAACAAAAAAGAAAAAUUGUUUUCAUUUUUUUUUUUUGAAAAUUGAAUUAGUUAUUAAAUAAAGAAAUUUAUGUAUCUCAUAAAAGAAAAUUGGCUGUUUUUUUUAUUAAUUAUUUUGGAAAGAAAACGAAAUUUAU